AUGCCCGCUGCCGGAGACGGCAACACGGCCGAGCAACAGCUCACCGUAGCCGUCGAGUUUUCAGGCGGCCUCGAGAUGCUAUUCUCAGACCAGCGCCGCCACUCGCUCUCCUUUCCAUCCAAGGACAGCGACGGCCGGCCCUCCAACAUUGCCUUUCUGAUACAUCACCUCUGCCGGCACGUCAUGAAGGACACGCGCAAGGACCUCUUUGUCCUCGACGACCACCUACGUCCAGGCAUCCUGGUCCUCAUCAACGACGCCGACUGGGAGCUCGAGGGCGAAGAGUCGUACGAGCUAAAGUCCGGCGACAACGUCCUGUUUGUCUCAACUCUCCACGGGGGCUAG